AUGCUUGCGACCAGGAGACGGCCGCUGCUGCUGCUGGUCGCCCUCACCCUCGUUUUCCUCGUCGUCUUCUACCACCGAGACCAGGCCGACCGCAUCUACCAGCAGUGGUCCGCCUCGAUCGAGUCGCAUCCCAUGAAGCUGCCUGCCAACACCACCCUCGGCUUUGGCGCCGUCGUCGUCGUCUCCAAACAGGGCUCCGAACGCCGCCAUGCCCUGCUCCAGGCUGCCAACGUGACCGACGUCCAACUCACGAUCCCAGAGCAGCCACAGUGGUCCGAAGGCGACGUGCAAAGGUUCAUCAACGGCCAGGACAACGUUCAGAGAGGCUCCGUCCUAGCCUGGUUGGGCCACCACAACGCUCUUCGCUGGUUCCUAGACUCUGGACGAGAGACCGCCCUCAUUCUCGAAGACGACGUCGACUGGGACAUUCGCCUGCGCAGCAUCCAGAUCCCACUUGCAGCGAGCGCUGCCCGCCAGCUCCUCCCCCCACAACGAUCCUUCCACCCAUUUGCGAAUUUUGGCAGCAACCAUGUACACUACUGGGGCAAUCCUGUCGACUGGGACCUGCUCUACCUUGGCCACUGCGGCGACUACUUUGAUGAGAUCACCGAAGAGGGCCCCAAGGCCACAAACAAGCGAUACAACCUGACCGACACACCACACGUCUUGUACAAAGACUACACCCUCCCCACGAGAUCCGACCUGCAUCCCUUCACCCAAGCCUUGUUCGGUGCCUUGCAGAUGCCCGCGCAUUCGCGCAUCUUCCACCGUUCCAAGUUCCCGCUCUGCUCUUUUGGCUACGCAGUCACGCGCCCGGCCGCUGAACGACUGCUCAACGACCUCGCCCCGCCCAUGCUCCGCAAAAAGGGUCCUCGCGCAUUCGACGUCUCGCUCCUGCACGCCUGCAACAAGGGCGCUAAGACGCCCUCCCCCACCGUCAACUGGAAGAACCCCAAACCUCACCCGGACCCCAAUCUGCGCUACAAGUACGCAAGCCCAGGCCUUCGCUGCUGGACCCUGAAUUCCGAGUUGUUCCACCACAUGCCAGGCCAGAGCGAGAUUGCUGAAAUUGGCGCAAGAGCAGGAGAAGAAGAGGCUGGAAUCCCACCCGUGGACCUGGCCGGCCAAGCCCAGGUCAUCUACCGAAACGAAACGACCAACAUUGACUGCGGCUUCUGGAGCGGCGCCUUCGCCUUUGACGACGACGAUGUAGACCAGCUCCGUACCCUCCAAGCAACGGUGGGGAGGCAAGGCAGGUGCCUGAAGGAAGGACGACGAGACACUGAAGGCACGCCCCAGACAUUCAUGGACUAG